GCCCUUGUGGGUUGAAAAAAUAUGGGCAGGGCCGGGCCAGCUCAUAUUUUAUAUGGGCAGGGCCGGGCCAGCCCAUAUUCUACUCUAUCCUCAGCCUAUAAAAAAUAUGUGUUUGUACAUAAGAGUCUUAUGUUUCUUUCUCCACGGUUUUGUUGGGUUUAGGGUCUUAUAAAUUCUUGUACCAAGAAUGAACGCUCUUCAACAACUUAUUCUUCGAAGAACAGAUACCCAGGAUGAUCUUGAUAGGUUCAUACCAAAUAGGUCAGCGAUGGACCUUGACUAUGCCCAUGCCAUGCUGACACAAGGGAGAAAAAUGAUAGAGAAAACGGAUAAUAUCCGUUCCCCAUCUAGGGAAGCUUACCAGAAGCGGUUAGCUGAGGCCCUGAAUAUGAAUCAGACCAGAAUCUUGGCAUUCAAGAAUAAGCGACCCAUGUCGGGUCGUGAUACGAUCCGCUGUGAAAUGGGUUCCCAACCCACCAAGAAAAGGCGGUACAUCAGUCAGACUUCAGAGAGGACACUUGAUGCCCCUGAAAUUUUGGAUGAUUUUUCCUUGAAUUUACUUGAUUGGGGAUGUAACAACGUGCUUGCAAUUGCCCUAAAUGACAUAGUAUAUCUGUGGGAUGCUUCAAAUGGUUCUGCCUCUGAACUUGUCACUGUUAACUCUGACGAUGGUCCUAUUACAAGUGUAAGCUGGGCGCCCGAUGGACGGCACAUUGCAGUUGGCCUGAAUAAUUCUCAUGUUCAACUGUGGGAUUGUCAAGUUAAGAGACAGCUAAGAACAUUGAGAGGUGGUCAUCGUCAUGGGACACGAGUGAAUGCAUUAGCUUGGAACAAUCACAUUCUUACAACUGGAGGAAUGGAUGCUAGAGUUAUCAACAAUGAUUUUAGGGUACGAGAACACACUGUUGAAUGCUACACGGGACAUCAGUUGGAGGUUUGUAGCCUGAAAUGGUCUUCCUCAGGCCAACAGUUGGCUAGUGGAGGCAAUGACAAUCUGCUUUUUAUCUGGGACAGAUUCAUGGCCUCUUCAAAUUCCAGAACACAGUGGCUACACAAGCUUGAUGACCACACAGCUGCUGUGAAAGCCCUUGCUUGGUGCCCAUUUCAGAGAAAUUUGUUAGCCUCAGGAGGCAGUAGGAGUGAUCAAUGCAUUAGAUUUUGGAACACGCACACAGGUGCUUGCUUGAAUUCAGUUGACACUGGUUCAGAGGUCUGUGCUCUUUUGUGGAAUAAGCAUGAGCGUGAGCUUCUUAGCAGUCAUGGUUUUCCAGAUAAUCAGCUCAUUUUAUGGAAAUAUCCUUCCAUGAAAAAGAUAGCAGAACUCUUUGGCCACACAUCGAGAGCACUUUACAUGGCUGAGAGUCCAAAUGGAUGCACUGUGGCAACUGCAGCAGGGGAUGAGAGACUGCAGUUGUGGAAUGUGUUUGGGACUCCUGAAGUGGCUAAGCUGGCAGCAAAACUGGAGCCUGAGCCAUUCGCUAAUAUAUCUCGUAUUCGGUGAGCAUUUGAAAAAUAAUACAAGAGGUUCCCAUCUCUCCAUUAAUUAAGGUGUAGAUGAGGAUAUUUUGUGUAAAGAAGCAGCAUAUAAAGUUCAUCGGUCUGUGUGAAAAUGUGUUUAAGUUGUGGAAAGCAAUUUUUCCCUGUAAAAUCUCAUAUAACCAUAUGUUUGUAACAUUAUAUUUGUAGUUUAUAGAAUCAACCAAUUCAUGUAGUUUAGGCAAUUUUUCCCUGUAAAAAUCUCAUAGAAACCAUAUGUUGUAACUAUUACAUGCAUAGUUUAUAGAAUCAUCCAGUUUAUGUUUUACAGUGUUCCAUCAAUAAAUUUUUUGGUUUUAAUG